GAUGAAAUAACCCUCAUUAUCAGUACCAGGAGCAAAAUUUUCCAGCUUAGAAGGUCUUUACUAAGCUACUUUUCUGCCUAUGAGGUUCCUGCUCUGAAGAGUCCCAGUAGAUUAGUAGGUCUCUGCUUUUUAGAAGAUGGCGGCAGUUCCGCCGCACGCUGUCAAGGACAGCUUUGAUUUUCAGGAUGGCUUCGCCCAAAAAACGUGCAUGGACUCCGUCAAGGAAAUGGGAGUGAAUCAAAAAUUACGGUUUCUUCGUAUAAACCUAGAAGUGACAUCUGACUUCACAUUCAUAGCUAUCAUACCUUUCUGUUCCUGUAGUCCUUCGCAGCUGCCACAGCUAGUCACCCCACCUAGUACCCACUUCUAUUUAAAUAGUGCGUAACCUAAAAAAUUGCAAAAUUCACAACCCAAACUAAUCUUCAAACCCCACCCUUUUCGAAAUAAGAUGUAUGUACCCCUAGAAUGGGUUUACUACUACUACUACUACUACCUCCUAUUCAAAUAGUGCGUUUUCUAGUGCGUAAUGGUCCCCACUUCUAUUUAAAUAGUGCGUAAAAACCUUCCCACUCUAACUUCUAGCGGCGAAAAGACACCUGUGCGAACCUAUUUGUGUUGCUGUCACGAUGCCAUGGAAGGGAGGGCUUGCGUGCUCUAUAACUUCCUAUGUGCGCCGAUUUGCCUCUGUUUUCACGCCUUCCGAAUUUACAUCCUUGGCUGCGUCAGCAUUCAUUUGAAGAGAGGUAAGUACUUCGACUGUUUAUUUAAGAAGGUAACGGUAAGUACUUCGACUGUUUAUUUAUAGAGUAGUAGAGAAGUGACCACUGUCUAACCCCAAGAGUGGGUACAUUCAUUCAUUCAUUCAUUCAUACUACUUAGACCGCUACUCUUACUUUCUUCAUGAUAUCCUAUUAUCCUUAACAACAUUGACGUUCCUAUUACUGGUGGAGCACCACCUCUAUUAUUUAUAACUAGUACUUCUAGAAAAAAUAAAUUUUUUGAAAAAUAUGCGUCAGGUUUCCUCCGAUUUUGCUGUUUCUGUUGCCGAGCGUGCGAUUGGACAUGCCAGUGCUUCGGGUAUGUCUUCACCUGCUGCGCAUGGUCAUUCGUGGACAGACAAUUUCCGCCAUGUCCAGCCUCAGUUGGGAAUGUAGGUGGCGAUUCCGCAGCAUCAGGACAAGCAGCGACAGAAGCAGAGAGUGUCCUCUGGCUCAGGGCAAGCACUUUUGGGGUACUUUUUUCUAUACUGGGAGUAGUGUCCUCUCACGCAGGGCAAGCACUUUUGGGGUUGUAGUACUCGUUAGACUUUUUUCUAUAUUUUUGGGAGUAAAUAGUUAGUACGAAUGUAGUGACUAUAUUGGGAGUAAAUAGUUAGUACGAAUGUAGUGACUGAGUAAGAGUAACCGGGCUCUUUUGAUGACGUUCCAUUCAUUGGGUUUCGAUGGUAUAAAAGUAAGUAGCAGGAGGACGACGUCGUGUUGUACUGCCGACGAGAGGAACCAGUAAUCACAAAGAUGGAGCAACCACCAUAUUGAUACUUCUACCUUCCUUCACCUCUAUGAUCGGGGAUCUUCAGAAAUGAAACAAACACCCGGACAUCAUUUCAGAAAAGCAAAGGUGCUGGUGGGCAGAAGGAGAAGCGUCCAAGUUUUGUGGGCAAGCUGUACGACACUCUGGUCAAGGGCAAGCUUUCCUUAAGGCUCCGGGCGAAACUGAAUGAUCCACUCCUUGAAGGCAUCAAUCGCUCAGAAGUGUGAAAUAAUACAACAAUUCUUGGUGCUGUUAUCAUAUGAUCAACAAGAUGAUAAAAGGUCGUAAAGGCAAAGAAACCUUCUAGGUAAUAAACUUGCUUCUUGACUCUAACCUGCGACUCCAACAUGCAAUUGUAUCAAGAUGGCGUUUCUGCGACGGAUAUUUUACAGGGGCAAAUCGGAGAUUGCUGGCUCAUGGCCGCCAUGGCCUGCAUGGCGGAAAGGCCGGGAGCUAUUGUUAUGAAUGAGAAGGUUUUAGAUUUAUAAGGAUUGUGGUGCACUUUUACACGCCUGGACUGAAGAGUACUUUUCCACUUCGACAAGGCUGACCUAGGAAGUCUAGCAGGAGGACUAGGUUUGAAUCGAUUACCGCUAGAAUCAUGCUGUGCUGUAUGCAUCAUUGUCUCCUUCUUUCCCCACCUUUCAUAUGACACAAUCUGUUCCUGACGAAGGAAUUUGACCCUCGUGGCAUGUACAAAGUGCAGCUCUUCGAUGGCACAGCAGAUGCCUGCAGAGGAGCAUGGAGGACAUUCACUAUUGAUGAUUUUUUAUGGAUGAAGAAACAUGUUCUUGUUGUUAUUGUUAACAUGAUAGGAAGUGCAAGCUUUAUUUUUAUUAGCAUGUUAGCCACUAACUAUAGUCGUUUUUACAUAAAUGGAGUACUUGAUUCUUUUUUUUUUUGUUUCCUAGUUAGGUGUGCUCAACUCUUGUUCCACUGGCAAUCCCCAACAGGAUUUUUCCCCACGGUCAUAGAGCACCUUCUAAGGCCAAUCCCCUGUGACAAGAACGCUUGGAAUGACGGAAACGGUAGGGCCAAACCCAAAUUUGCCCAGCCGAAUGGCGAAGAGCUAUGGGUUUUGCUGCUGGAAAAAGCGUUUGCGAAACUGUGCGGGUCCUAUCGCAAUCUAGAAGGCGGAAGCACAAUUUGGGCACUGAGGGCGAUGACUGGUAAUUCAUUGGCUUGGGGUUAUAACCUGUCAAAGUUAGUUCAGAGGUCACAACUUUAACUAUAUCUAUAUUAUUUACUUACCUGAGCCAACUCCUGUUGUUGACCUCUUUGGACAAUCUACAACUAGCUCCAUCGAUCUCAGUUAUCCAUUUGCAUUUCUAUCUGUGCAAGCUCAACGUAUAUAUAAGGUGACCACUGCCGCUGGUACGAGAAGGAGCGAUCUGGAGGUACCAGAUGGAAACGAUGGGACUUCAAAAACCUGGAGGACCCUCAUAAGCAUCCUGUCUGCAAUUAAGGCCCGCUUUUAUCCAUGAUCUUUCUCGGCAUCUCGGUAGAGUCCUUUUUCCUUGUUGUAUUCUCAUGAAAAUUCUUCUCAUGAAGAUUACAAGGUACUUAAAAGAGGUCAACAGGAUGAGGGGGCCGAUAACGAUAUGCAACCUAGCAGGAGACUCUAAUGCAAGCACUGCAUGCGACCUAUCCCAAGGGACAAGAGAGGCGGAACGUUGAAAGGGACGGAUGAGACUUUGAUUAUGAAACGUGUCGUGGUUGUGAUUGUGAAGGAAUGUGGUAGGCAAAAAGGAAGUAAUUAUAGGCUUGGCCUUGGAAAUGGAAACUAGCUUUGCAGCUCUUGGAAAUGGCACCCAACCUUGUCCCAAACUUGGCCGAAAUGUGGGACACCUUGUCCCACAUUUCGUCCACGCCCUUGGAAAUGGCAUUCUAAGACUCGCGUUGACGAAAUGUGGGACACCUUGUACCGCUACAACCGUCGUGGCUCCGUGCUGUGCGCUAGUGGCGCACAACGCAUGGAUGGCUUGGUGAGUGGGCACGCUUAUUCUAUCCUCGAUGCUCGAGAGUUCAAGGAGAGCAGUCGAACAGGACCGUGCACUUUGUUACGGGGGCAAUAAAAAGGAUUCUCUACAUUUUUGAGUAGGUAAGCAGGAGCACUAAUUUGAGUAGAGGAUUUAUUACACAGUAGGAGCGACAGUGACGGUGUCUGUUUGAAGGAAGAGCGAUCAGUUCUAAUUUUUCGCCUGGUGAAGAUUCGAAAUCCUUGGGGAGGAGGUGAGUGGAAAGGCGACUGGGGAGACUCAAGCAGCAAAUGGGAUGACUUCCCGGAGGUGCUCUUCACUGUUUUGAGGACUGUCUACAUCUAGAAAAUAAAUAAGAAGGGCUUCCAGUAAGUUCGCAGAGGACAGUAGGUUAGUAUACGCGUCGCAAUGUGCAUGGCGGUAGGCGAAUUACAAUCAACCAUCGAAUGCUAACGCGCUGCGGCCCUGCCCACGCCUCGGGCCAUUGCCAUUGCUAUUGGCCAUAACCAUGAAAGAGGCAUUACCCGCCCGCGUUUUCGCCCACGAACAAGCGCAUGUGCCAUGCAGCCCUCGUCGCGUAGGUGCUCACAGCCCGCGCCAACAUUGAAAUAACCCACUCGUUUGAGUUUCCACGAUGAAUUCGAAAAACCUCCCACACAUCUCGUCCAACAACACACCUCGUCCUCGUCCAUCUCCGUCCAACAACACAUCUCCUCCAACUGUCACCACCCUUUUCCACACAGGUCAAGAAAAAGAUCCAUUCGGACAAAAAUGAUGGCGCAUUUUGGAUGUCCUGGGAUGACUAUUGCGAUUACUGGGAUCGUCUCGGUAUCGCAGAUCGAACCAGAGAUAUUCAUUCGCUGCACUUGGAGUUAUGUUCCGUCGUCAGUGUAGACGUAGAGUUCAUGUUUCUACAAAUCCUUGAGUAGUCAGAGACAGAGUAAGACUGUGAAUCCUCUUCAUCUCAGGGUGUGAUUGGCUCUGAUGAAUCUGGAAGAUCUUCAUCCAGCAGGUUUUCUUAUUUAUUAUAUAAUAUAGCAUAUCGUUCCAUUCCCUUUUACUCUUCCAGCAGCACCAAACCGCGCCAUUGUUAUUCUUACAGCAUAUCGUUCCAUUCCCUUUUACUCUUCCAGCAGCACCAUACCGCGCCAUUGUUAUCAUUACAGCAUAUCGUUCCAUUCCCUUUUUCUCCUCCUUCUCCCCUCCUCGCCCUCUAAUCUACUAUGACCAGAGCGCGAAGUGGUGCGGUCCGACUAAGGGAGCCUUGCGUGGUUGCUACGAGUACUGGUGCUGUCUCAUCGGAUGCCGCCGUUUGUACUGUCCGAAGCGCUCGAGUACUGAGAAUGUGGCUUUCGACGGCAAACAUCAUCCGAACAUGUGCGGCUGUAGGAAGAGCACGUUGAUGGAUGCUGUGUAGAAAACGUAGUACUAUUAUACAUAGCACCAGUAGUACUUAGAUUUAGAACUACAUAUCAGAAACAUUAUUGUUGAUCACCACGAUAUACUUGCUUGAUCUUGAACAGAUGAAACGGAUCAAAAAAAUAGCGAUUGCAGACGCCAUAGAACUGGGACGCCAUAGAAAUACCUAUCACUGACGACUGGGACGACAAACAAAAUUAGCAAGAAUGAGCAUGUGAGCUGCAUAGACGAAUAGGACAUAGUACCACCACGCAUAUUAUGUGAAGACCAUUUACAAUAGAUACUCAUCACUGCCACAGAAACUUUGAGCUUACCCGAACCUUGAGUGCUACGUACUGCAGAAAAGAUUCAGAAUUACGCCUGACUCUGGUCACAGCUGACUCGAAAUUAAAACCCGUGAUUUCCUACUUAGUUCGGCUGCCUCCACCACUCUAUUAUCUCCUACGUGUAGCAGCGAGAACAAGCCGAGAAGUGAUACCAUUUUGUGCCGAUGACAUCCUUACCGUGCACGACAGGUGGCACUGAAAAUUUCUAGCAACAAAAGCCAAGACCAACGAACUUUUGAAAAAAACAACCUUCCAUACAUGAAGCACAUCGUAGUGCAAUGCAAAUAAAAUGACACACAGUACUCGUAAAUGUUGCCGCUGAAGUUUUUUUUUCGUUAGGACUAUAUGCCACCGCCCUUUUACUCAAUUGUGACAUUUCUAGCAUAAGAU